AUCCGCCUUUUGACUGUGCCAUCGUUCGUAUAAACGCCGUGUACCCCAGCUGGGAGGAGGUAGGCACGUCUAAGCUUAACUCAAUAACGCCUUAGACUACCAGUAGUCGACUUGUUAGAUCUCCAGUACAAGCCAGACUCGGUCACUUCCCAAACAUCUGUAGCAUUGCCGAUACUAUCCUGCGUCGGCGCCAGCUAAUCAGACAACAAACACCGAAAAAUGCUCCCAAUGAAGCAAUGAUCAACAGCCUCCGUAUUCUUCCCAAGUCGCUGAUAGAGGAACGACAUUGCAAGCAUGAAAUCUUGUUCCAUCCAACAUGGCGUGGUCACUGAGGUCCAGCCUCCUGGGUCGCCUUUUUUUCCGUAUCAUCUCCUCUGGCAAUCCUGGCUACACUCUCGGUAAUGGUGCAAACGCUGCUGCAGGAUCAGAUUCCGUCAAUCGCUCCGAUGGCGGAACGAUCUUCGUCACUAUCCAGUAUCGACUUGGUGGAUAUGGUUUCCUCUCUCCUGAUGCUAUCGAGGAAGACGGUGCGCCCAAUGCUGGAUUGCUUGACGUGAGAGCCGCAACCGAGUGGGUACAGCGCAACAUUCGUACAUUUGGCGGUGACCCUUCCAAGAUUACGAUCUGGGGAGGUAGUGCAGGUGGUGGUGCGGUUGCCAAUCAACUGAUCAUGUAUGGUGCGCAGCCUUCACCACCAUUCAGAGCCGCGAUCGCCGAGUACCCCUGGAUGCAGAGUUACAAGAAGAAGACCGUUUUGAAUGCACAGUAUUCCGAUAUCUUAUCAGCAAGCAAUUGUUCCACCCUGACUUGCCUCAGAAGCUUGUCUGAAGAAGCACUCACGAACGCUAUCGACGCCUCAUACGAGAUUGGCUACGCACAAGGUCUUUAUGCAUAUGGAUACUUUUACUAUGGUCCCGCAGUUGACGGCAGAAUUAUCCAAGACCUUCCUUCCCAGGAACUCGAAGCAGGAAAUCUCGCCAAGGUCCCGCUAAUCACCGAUCACACCACCUUUGAGAGAGCCGGCUUCUCCAACUUCAGCACCAGAACUCUUCAAUAG